UGUGGGUGGGCCGUGAAGGCAGCACCACACUCAGAACUACAUCUAAACUGUGGUCGGUCACAACCAGUCAAUGUGGGAUGGUGUGAACUUCAGAGAGGAGCCUGAACUCAACACUUCUCUGACUUUAUAGUCCCACUGCUCUGACAGUCACUGCUGUCUGUGCUUCCUCCUCGUAAACUCACUUACAGUCAUACUUAUAUAUUUAUGUGAGUGUAUGGGUGACAGUGACAUGGCUGAGAUACCGCCACCUCCACCGCCGACGCAGCCGGUGGAAAUAGACCCGGACUUCGAGCCUCUCUCUCGGCCGCGGUCGUGCACCUGGCCGCUGCCCCGGCCGGAGCUCCUGGACCCGGCCGGCUCCAACACGUCCUCCCCGGCACCGUCGGUGCAGCAGGAGUCCGGAGGAAACCCCGACUUCAUCAGCAGCCUCGGCUUGUUGGAGGAGGACUAUGAGGAGUACGAGGAGCAGAAACCGCCGGUGAAGCCCUGCACUGAUUUUCACUGUCGGGACAGAAACUGUGUGCAACUGCAUCACCAGCACCGCCAUCACCUCCAGCAGCAGCAGCAGGUCCCGGGUCCGCAGCCGCCGCCGCCGCCGCCGCCGCAACAGGUGCCUCCUCCCCCGGGAGUCUCACCUGUGGGCGGCUCCGCUCAGAGGAAGAGCGGCCUCAGCUCGUCCCGGAGAAACGCGUGGGGCAACAUGUCGUACGCUGACCUGAUCACCAAGGCCAUAGACAACUCUCCGGAGAAGAGGCUGACCCUGUCCCAGAUCUACGAGUGGAUGGUGAAGAGCGUCCCGUACUUCAAGGAUAAAGGAGACAGCAACAGCUCCGCCGGCUGGAAGAACUCCAUCAGACACAACCUGUCGCUGCACAGCCGGUUUAUGCGCAUACAGAACGAGGGGACAGGAAAAAGCUCCUGGUGGAUGCUGAAUCCAGAGGGAGGAAAAAGUGGAAAGUCACCUCGACGCAGAGCGGCCUCUAUGGACAACAACAGUAAGCUGGCCAAGAGCAGAGGAAGGGCGACAAAGAAAAAGAUGGCUCUACAAGAAGGGGUUGAAGGAGGAGCUGGUAGCCCUGGUUCCCAGUACUCAAACUGGCUUGGGAGCCCAAACUCCCACAGCAACGAGGACUUUGAACCCUGGAGCUCCUUUAGGACGCGCACCAGCUCUGAUGCCAGCACUCUGAGCGGUCACCAUUCGCCCUUUCCCCCUGAGCAGGAUGACCUGGGGGAGUCUGACGGCCACAUGAUUUAUUCUGGAGCAGUGGGGCCCAAGAUGACCUCCACUCUGCCCAGCCUGUCUGAGGUGGCUGGAACUUUGGGCCAACAUGACUCAGAGAUCGUCAUGGAGAGUCUGUUGGAUAACCUACAACUGCUGUCUCCUAAAAUCCCAACGCUGGGUUCUGACUCCCCACAUUCCUCAAAUGCUGCCAUGCUUCAGAGUAGCCCUUACAGCUCAUCUGGCUUGACCCAGCACUCACAACAGGACUACCGAAAGUGCAUGUACGGCCCAGGGGGGAUGAACUCCUUCUCCCCUACUCCCAUGCAAACUCUACCAGAGACCAAGCCAGGCUUUGGGGCUUAUGAGAACCAGUAUAUCUGCUCUGCUGGUCUCCUUAAAGAUUUGCUGACAUCAGAUGCAGACGCCAGUAGGGACAUGAUGGCCUCUAGGGAUACACUGGUGUCUCAGGUCGAGAUGGGAGGCUGCCUAAUGGCCACUUACAGCAGCCAGAGCCAUGUGGGCCGUCACAGUGGAGUAAAAAUGAUGAAUCUUCCGCAGAGGCACCCGGUUCCUCGUGUAAAUCCACAAGCUAUACAUAACCAGGGACCUUCAACCUCACGAGACUUGAAUAGCUGUAACAUGAUCCCACUGACUACCCUGACUAGUCCUUCAGGGGCCCCUCAUCAAAUGACCAACCUGAGGACAUGCAUGCAGCUGCCCCGGGGACACCCAGCACACGCCCACAAUGUCUCAGUGAACUAUAGCAGAAGCAACGGCUACAGGGAACUUAACUUGGUUCACCCGCACGGACAUCAUCAGGAGCGGCUUCCCAGUGACCUGGACAACAUGUCCAUCGAGAGAUUGGAAUGUGACAUGGAGUCUGUCCUCCAUGACACGCUCAUGGACGGCGGUGCGUUGGACUUUAACUUUGACCCUGCAGCUGGGCAUCAUGGGUUUCCCCAAAGAGUAAAGACCACCACACACAGCUGGGUGUCAGGCUAGGAUACAUGAUGGGUCACAAAAAGGGGAAACUGACAAUGAGUCUGGCAGUUAUCUCAGCAUCAUGCUCACAACCAUACAGGGACUGGAACAUGUAAAUCCAAAGAAGCUGCAUCCAUCUCUCCCCACAGAGCAUCUGACACAGUUCUUUUACAAAUGUUUGCAGUUGUAGCUCCAUGUAUAACAGUGGAUGUUAUUACUUUUCACUAUAGAUGAUCAUCAUCAUUCAGAUUCAGAUACAGAAUUAAAACAUAAUUGUUGUUAUAAAUAACAGCACUGAACAUCUCAAGAAAAAAACUGAAUGACAGACAAGCCUUUAUUUUGCAAACUAGUCUUGUUUACAUGCCUGUGAAUAACUGGAAAUAUGUAAUAUUUGUUUAUUUUUGAUUUGUGGUAUAUUGAAAUGUGCCUAACAAAAAAAUGUAGAGCAUGCAUUUCUCAAUAUAAAUGAUUUUGGGCCAGUCUGGUACCAUUUAAUGAAAGGGGCCAGUACUGGAUGCCAGCUUGAAAUUCAUUGUUUUGAAGAUGUCACUGAAAUCAUAUUAUUAAUGUUGAAUUGAAUUGAAUAUCCCAAAACCUGCCAAACCGGAUGUUCUCCAUGGUCUGAUCAGUGUAAAGAUUUUCAGAUAAAGGUAGCAUCCAGCCCUCAAUGGCAAAUGACUACUCAGAUGUUUACCCUAGUGAGAUAAUUUGGCUUAAAUGUUAGAUAAACCAGUGUAUCAUCUGCAUAGAGAUUCAUGUUAAUAUAGAAGGUGAAUAAAAUAAUCCAGAAGAAAUGUGACAGAAGGAUAUGUACAGGAAGGACAUCCCAUAGCAGAUUAAUAUCAAAUUGUCCUCAGGCUUAAAUUAUAGAUAAACCAGGGUAUCCUCUGCAUAGUGAUUCACAUCAACAUUAUUUAAAUCUUAAUUUUAUAAUAAACUCAGAGGAAAUGCACUGUGACAAAAGGAUACAUUCAAGAGGAGAUAUCUAAACAACACCUCACAGCAGAUUAAUAUCACAUGUCAUGGUACAGUGCUGGCAAAUUAAGGGCUAUAGUCAAAUAAUCAGCUAUAUCUGCUCACCAGAGAUCAUGAGUCAAACUGCAUCUCUGACUGAAUUAAAUUCAUCAAUCAUAUACUGAAUGAAGAUAUUUAUUUAAAUGUUUUUUGUUGGAUUUGUUGCAGCUCUUUACUUGUAAAAAGAUGUGUGCCUGUGCUGUGUACAAUGUAUAUACUUAUUUGAGUUACAUGAUGUUUUUGUCCUGUAUUUUUAUUGUAUAUGAAACUAAUACAUAUGAAGGAAUUUACAGCUACACAGUUGCCUUCCAAAAACUCUGGACUGAAAAUGCAUAUCAAACAUCCAAAGCUCCUAUAAAAGCUCCCUGUUCCAAUAUUUCCAUGCUGUUAUCAAGAGCUGUUUAAAGAAUGUGAGUGUUGGGGAAUAUGAUCAAUGAGAUUAACGAGCGUCUGCAUGUUAAGUUUUGCUCUAUUAGACUCCUUGAUUAUGAAUUUUGCUGUCAGGGGAAAACCUCCCACUUCUCUACAAUCACACAAACCUCCGUAGGAAAUUCUAUCCUGUUUGAAUCUAUAAAAACAUUUCAAAACUGCUUUGGUUAAUCUCAAAUUACAUGGCGAUCAAUUAAAGCGGUUUCCAUCACUUUCUGAUAAAUGGACCUUCUGGGAAUGUUGGGGAUUUCCAACCGACUUCAGAGUUGCUCUUUACUCCACCAAACAUAUUUCAAGGAAAGUGUUCCAGUUCAUUGUGCCUACAUGGUCUCACAGACCUAUAAUGUUGUACAUAUUAUUUUCUGUAGCACAUUUUUGUAUAUGAAGAUUUGAAAUGAUGUUUUACUCUUUUUGUAUGGCUGUAUUAAGAAUGGUUGUUUACAAAUCUCAGUCCAACCUAUAUCAACAAAUAUAUGAACACUCAUACCUCAAAAUAUUGUACCUCUGAAGUGUUGAAGGGAUUUUUCCUACCAUUUUUCUCAGUGAUGUAUUGGAUUCAUCUUCAUAUUUGUACAUAUUUUUUGUAUUUGAUUAAGGCUGAAACCAGUUAUAUUUGGACCUUUUCAACUGUCUUUGCCUUUCUAAUGUUUGAGGAUUAUAGCCAUUAGUCUAUAGUAAAUGUGAUUGGACACCACAGUAUAGAGAAUUUAAAUUAAACAAAAUGUGUGAGACGUUAUACAUUUCAAAAGACUGUUUUUUUUGUAUGUGUAUCUAUAUGUUUAAGCCUGGUAUCACAAAAUAUAAACGUGUGAAUAAUG